GGCCGAUAUUGGAAAUGACGUUUUACUAACCUGCUCAAGCUCAUAUGAAUCUUAUGUCAUUCUAUUCCAACGAUGACUUCUCUCUUCUUCUCUACCCAUAUUCCCCUCCCAACUGUAAUACGAUUAUAUAAUCUUACAAGCGAGCCCGACGGAGCGUUGAUAGGCCGUGCGGGGUGAUUCAUUCACCGCUUGACGAAUAAUGAAGAGCGGCGCAGCCCGGUUAUAUCACACAUUGCGGAUAUUUUCUUGCUGGUAAAGCGGACUAUUUGGCCGCUUUCGAUUAUGUGCGGCGGCGUAUGUCCCGCCAAGAGGCGGUUGGAGAAAGAAACGGUUUGUAACGCCGGUGAUGAGCGGAAACGUCACGUCACAUGUGACCCCGUACAUGGAUCAUGGAAUGUCUCCGAGACCCUGCACGGAUGGCGAUAUACUUAGUCCAUCUUCCCGUGCCUCCCAACUCAGACAGCAACCAUGACAUCCACCACCACCACGCCCAAGAUUCUCCUCACCGGUGCCACCGGCUACAUCGGCGGCACCAUCCUAAGCUAUUUACUCGACUCCUCCUCUCCAACACUCAGCACAGCGACCAUCUCAUGCCUUCUACGGGGUCCCGACCGUGCCGCCAAACUGACCGCGACGUACGGCUCCCGCGUCAACCCCAUCGUGUACAAGGACCUCGACGACAUCGAAGCCACAGUCGCCGCCGCCGCCGAGCACGACAUAAUCAUCAGCACGACCCACGGGUGGCACGGCGGCUCCUCACAGGCUCUCAUCCGCGGUCUCGCGCAGCGCAAGGCCGCGACCGGCCGCGACGUGUGGUUCGUCCAGACGUCCGGCACGUCGAACGUCGCGAGCAAGGCGAUGACGAAAAGCGAUGUCGAGAAGGAACACCGCGAGCUUGACGACCUGAAGGACGAUAUCUAUGCGUUCGAGAAGGAGCGCGAAAAUGAGGCCGCGUAUGCGCAGCGGACUGUGGAGUUGGCGGUUGUGGACACGGGGUUGGAGCUCGGUGUUAAGACUCUGGUUAUUAUGAGCCCGACUAUUUAUGGUUUCGGGAAGGGCCUUUGGAAUAAGUUGAGCAUCCAGAUCCCCAUGAUUGCGAGCGCUGUGUUGAAGAAUAAGCGCCCCGUGGUGCUGGGUGAUGGUCGGGGUGUAUGGGAUCAUGUCCACGUAGAGGACUUGGCGGAGCUGUACUUGCUUGUGGUGAGGCGGAUACUUGAGAAGGGUGGGGAAGGAGUGCCGACUGGCAAGAAGGGCAUCAUAUUUAGCGGCAAUGGACGCCACUCGUCGCUGGAUGUGACACUGGGGGUGGCUGACGCAUUCCAAGCGAAAGGUCUGCUCGAUGACCAAGAAUUGCAGAGCCUUACGGUAUCCGAUGUGAAGAAGGUUAUGGGAGCUGAGAUGGUGUCUGAUGAUAUCGUGGAGCUCAGUUUGGCGAGUGAUUCUCGGACCGUUUCGAGUGUAGCUAGAGGUCUAGGCUGGAACCCGACGAGGGGAGAAGAGGCAUGGAAGCGUGAAUUCAAGGACGUUGUGGAGGCUGUUCUGGCGAAAGCAGCAUGAUUGUUGCAAAUAAGGAUGUAGAGGGGAAUUUGCUAUUGGCCUGUAGUUAGGUAGAUUUGUUUUCAGUAUUACACCAACGAAUCACCACUUCUAGUAACCAUGAUAUCCCACCAGAUUGUGAAGAGGCAAUGGCACAUACUAAUAAGGGGAUCAGUAGGUAUUUAGUGCCAACGCACAAGUAUUCUAAAAACCUACCUCUUUUAAC